AUGGCGUCAACUGGAACCAAGAUAGAGGACCUUUCACUGAGCCUCAACAGGCUCCAGAACGAACUGCAGGACACUGUGUCGAACCGCCAGAGACUGGAGACUCAGUUCCAGGAGAACAAGAUUGUCAAGGCCGAGUUUGACAAGUUGGGGGAUGAAGCCAAGAUAUACAAACUGGUGGGCCCUAUUCUGCUUCCCCAGGACAAUACUGAGGCCAACAUGAAUGUCGACAAGAGACUUGAGUUUAUCGAGGAUGAGAUCAAGAGAUGCGAGGCUAAAAUUGAGACGACCCAGACGGAGAUUCAGACGAAAUCGAUGGAGCUGAAUGCGUUGAGGACGGGUGUGGCUGCGUGA